CACAAUGGUUGGUCUACUCCUCACCGAAGCGAAUUUCGCGACAUUACCUCCCACAAGGUCACGGCUAGCCUCGUCGACGUAACUCUAGCUGGUCACGCUUGACCGCUGCCAUGGAGGACUUCCACUCACACGGUCAAGCCAAUAGGUCCUAUCUAAAUCCGGGGAGAAGUUGCUAUCCGGGGGGCAUAGAUUUCAGGGAACUCGGCUAUCAGGUUUCGCUCAAGAGGCAAAUCAACAUUUGCCUACGGAAAAUCGCCUACGAUGGACGUCUAUACCUGCCCAAAGACUGCCUAGAUAAGAUCGCCACGCCGAAGAUCAUCAAGUACGAGCUGGAGAACGCGGGUGUUGGGGACGAGGAGGCCGCUGAUGCAUUGGUGGUCUACAUUGUCAAGGACGCCAGACUCACUUUCCUGAUCUUGGUCAAGUUGGGUUGGUCCUCGCGGAUCGUCAACAUGCAGAAGCACGGUUUUGGCGAUAAGUACCUGCCUAUUGGCGUUUUGCGGCUGAGCAAACAGGCACGGAGAGUCUUGUUUGCGAACCAAAAACGGCACGACCUUUACGCCAUUUCAGGCGACUUGGAAACUCCCGAGUCGACUCGAGCGGCUGAACAUGUUGUUGAAUGGUCUGAUGAGGAGCAAGAGACCGCCCAACAGCAAGAGCCAGAGAUCGCCCAAGAGUGA